AUGUAUGGAGAGAAGUGCAAAGGUGACUCUCAGAAGACCACAGUGAUAUUCCUUGUUUGGGGCUGGGGAGGUACUCAACCAGCCCAAGUCAAGAGUGCUUCAGACCUUCUUAAGUUCCUCUUUUCCACUCGAAAGAUUUGGAGGCAGUUCUUGAACCACACUGUGGAACUCAAUUUGUCUCAUGAUCAGCCUCCCAGGAGGAGGGUGGGGAGGGAUGAAGCCGUCAUAGCCAUCUCUGCCCUCAGGAUUGGCUUCGCCAUUUCCCGGCAUCUGGCCCAGGACGGAGCCCACGUGGUGGUCAGCAGCCGGAAGCAGCAGAACGUGGACCAGGCACUGGCAGUGCUGCAGGGGGAGGGGCUGAGCAUGUCUGGCACCAUGUGCCAUGUGGGGAAGGCUGAGGACCGAGACCAGCUGGUGGCCACGGCCCUGAGACAUUCUGGGAAUGUUGACUUCCUGGUGUGUGUGGCAGGAGUCAAUCCCUACGUGGGAAGUACCUUGGGGAGCAGUGAGGAGGUCUGGGACAAGAUCUUGAAUGUCAAUGUGAAGGCCCCAGCCCUGCUGCUGAGCCAGCUGCUGCCCCACAUGGAGAACAGGGGGGGAAGCUCUGUGGUUCUGGUCUCCUCAAUUGGGGCAUACUUACCAGAAGCUAGGCUAGGGGCCUACAAUGUCAGUAAAGCAGCCAUUCUGGGACUCACCAAGACCCUGUCAUUGGAGCUGGCACCAAAGGAUAUCCGGGUGAACUGCCUAGUUCCAGGAGUAAUUGACACAGCCUUCAGCAAAGUGACGUUUGAAGAUCCAGACUUUUGGAACCAUUUGAAGGGAUGCCAUGGAAUACAGAGAGUGGGUCAGCCUGAGGACUGUUCGGGGCUGGUGUCCUUCCUCUGCUCUCCAGAUGCCAGCUACAUCACCGGUGAGAGCAUUGCGGUGGCUGGCUUCUCACCCCACCUCUGAAGGACAUGAGCUCAGAGCUCGGGCUGCCCCUCACUGUAGAAGCGCCCUGUGCCUCUGGGGCCACCAUGUUGGGACACCUCUAUAAAUGAUGAGCCUGUGCUUCAAAUACACGCUUCAAGUUCAACACAAUCAGAGUAUGAAACAAUAAAGAACAUCAGAAAAGAAA